CCGGUGGGCCUUGCCAGCGGCCUCGGUUGGGGUGAAGGUGGACGCGAGGAUGAACAGCGGUAGGGUGGGGAAGCUAAAGAAUCACGGAGAUGGGGGAGGAGGUGGACCCAGCGCUGGCGCUGGCGCGGGCAGGUGAGGAAAGAAGACCCCAUCACAGGCCCCGCCACCACCUCAACGCCCCACCUCUGAGCCCUCCAUCCAUUUUCGAGCCCGAUAUGGGAGGGGGCACGUACCGCAGUGCGACAGUGAAACGUAGGCAUAUUCUGGAAAUAACUCCCUCCCCUCCCCCCACCUCACACGGGGCCUGUGAGGAAAUACUGACCUCCACGAAAAAGGGGUGAAGGUGGGGUGGGUUAACUGCAGGGGAGGGGUACACAGAAGCACAAACAGUUUGGAAAGCUUCCUCAUCUGGUGCCCCAGGCCUGAAAAGCGAUAUGGCCACUUGGAUGCGGGGCAGGUAGGGGAGGGCAACGUUGGAUGUGGAGCGCCCGGAUUCAGAAAAGGAGCACCAGUCCACUGAGCGCACAGCCACUGCCCCGGUUUCUUGUCUGUCUGCAGGUCUGUGUGUCUGAAUCCAGCACUCUGCUAGGCACAGAAAGGAAAAACCUGUCCAGAAUCCCUGCAGUACAGGAAAGGGAGGGAACAUCUCAAUAUGGAAAAACUCUAUAAUGAAAAUGAAGGAAAGCUGGAAAUCGAGGGAAAGCCAGAAGAUGAAGUAGAUACAGAAGAUGAAGGAAAGUCAGAUGGGAAAGAAAAGCCAGAAGUGGAGGGGAAGCCAGAGCACGAGGAAAAGCUCCAAGACCAAGGACAGCUAGAUGACGCGGGGAAACAAGGAAAGCAGAGCAAGUCCCAAGGUGAGGGGAAAGCAAGCAGUGAGGGCAAGCCAGAACCCCAGGCCAAGCCAGAGAGCCAGCUGCGAGCUGCCGAAAAACGCCCGGCUGAAGAGUAUGUGCCCCGGAAAGCUAAGCAAAAAAUGGACAGGUGGACGGAUGAUUCCCUCAAGGACUAUCAGGAGGACUUACAGAAAAGGCAUUUGGGCAUUGAGGAGAGGAUGAGAGAAUGUGGAGAUGUGUCAAGGGCUCAGGAAGAGCUAAGGAAAAGACAGAAAACGGGUGGUUUUCAUUGGCUACAAAGAGAUGUACAGGAUCCAUUCUCCCAAGGGGCCAAUGGGGUGUCAGGGGAACGAGGGGUGGAGGUAGGAGCCAAAGGGGUGUACAUAAUAUCCCAUAUCUUUAAAGCCCUUGGACUUCAAUUAUGAUUUCUCUGAUGAGAAUAUUCCAACCCUGCUUUCCCUUGGGCAGGGAGGGGGGACGGUAUUUUCCAGGCAAUGUGCUUUAACCUUAAGCUGAUACUUUGCUGUAGGUGUCUGCCAUUCUUGUUACCAGCCACCUUUUGGUCCAACUAUACAGUGCUCUCUGUUUCAGUACUGGAUUUUCAUUCAUGUGCAUGGAAGAGAAGGUCAUGGUACUUUGUAAAACAAUAAAACUGUUAUUUACAGUGCCAGCCCAAUUUUGUAAAAAUGUGAAUAUGUUUGCAUAAUGCAUUUAUGCACAGAGAAGACUCUGAAAAUGUAUACACUAAAAAGCAGGUGGUGGUUUUUCCUGCAUGGUAGCCAAAAAGAGGUCUUGCCUAUACUCAAAAAUAAGUCCAGUCACCUGAUGGUUAGGUACCUCCAUGCCAUUCCUCUGUGGACAUGACCAUCCCUAUGUCAUCCCCUAGUUGUAACCAUGUCAGUGGGCACUGAUGUCCCAUAUCCUGGGUCCUCUACUGCUCUAUGACUCCAUCUGUGAUUCUUUUUCUUUGCUUUGCUCACUAAUCUCCACUUUUUCCUAAAGGAUAUGGAUUAUGUUUGUCAUAAUAAAAAAAAUCCAAAAAAAUAUGAAAAAGAAAACAAAAUGAGGAAAUCAAUACAUGAUAAACCAUCGAAAUGUUCAGUGAAUUUAUGAGGGCAAUGAAAAUGCUUAAAAUUCUUGUCAGAAUGUAAAAUGAUAAGUAAAACACAUUAUCUCUAGGGUUCAUAGCUAGAGGAAUCAAUCUGGUGGUUUUAACAACUGCUGAGUGGAUCAAAUGAGGUACUACGUGAGCUGUGUUGGGCUGGCUCCUUUGCAGUAGAAGUAACCUGUAUCCUGUCAGACACUUAGGUGAGAGUUGACCUGUGCCCAGAAACAAAUCCAAGUAGCUGAGAAGAGGUACCAUCCUUCUCUGGAUAUUACCAUAUACCCUCUGCUGACAGCUAUUGAUAUGAUGGAGUCCUCAUGGUGACAAAGGUCCUCUGAUUCCCUAUAGUCUUCAAAGGGCCAAAACCCCUAUUUGACUCCUACAGGAGUGUGGAUAAAGCCCAUGCCCCAAUUUCAGAGUUAUACCUACUCAGGUGAUACUGCCCAGGGGCUGCUUGGGCCCCACUGUAUUACAUAGUUCAUAGCAAAUUAGUCAUUACUAUUUUUAGUUCAUUAUAUAUUUGCUUGUAAUAUCUUUUCUCUUCAUAAGACCUAGAUAUUUUGGGUCCACUGGGGGCUGUGUCCUGAGAGUAAUGUAUGGACUAGACAAUAGAUGGUGAUUUGAACUAAACACCACACUGCAGUACCCCAGGGAAAUCAUAUCUAAAUUUACAUGUCUUUCUUAGUGUGCUUGCUUUCUAAAAUGUCUUCUGGCUUGCUUGCUAUACAAAAUCAAGAGACUUGUCCACCCAGAACUGAGGGUUACACAACUGAGUUCCAAGCUGAAAAUAUCCCUUCCCGUUCCAAACCAAUUCCAACUGAAAAGGGUAAUAGUGCUCUUGAAAAUAUUAAAAACUCUCAAUGUGAGACAUUUUUAUUUAACCAACCAGUAUAUUCCUUUCUCAAAAGAGACUUUUUAAAAAAAUAUAUUUUAUUGAUUUUUUACAGAGAGGAAGGGAGAGGGAUAGAG